CCCCCUUUGCUCGCAUUGGUGACCUUGUAGAAGGAAGCUUUCAAACGCAGUGCCUCGUAUUUUCCCAUUAGUAAGCAAAGUGGAUGACUCCAGGCCGUAUUCAGUGGAAUCUAGGUCGGGUUUUCCCACGAGUCCGACUGGGGUGUAGAGUCCAAGGCAUUCGUUAUUUUGCUGUGAACAACCCGCAGAGCCCAAGGGAGCGUCUCCGGGUUCAAGCAGCGUUUAGAGGACAGUAUUUAGAUUAUUUGGCUGAUAUACAUUUCCAACAUGAUGAGCCACUUUGUUGAGCUAUCAUUUGUGAUGGGCAGGUCGCUUUGAAAAAAUAACAUAACAGCUCAGUGGAGCAUUACACUUGGUAAAAUAAAACAUAUUUUAGUUUUAUUCGUAUUUUGUAACAAUAAUGGUGAACACUGAUGGUCAUUUGCGUUGCUGCGUGUGUAUGCGUGUUGAGUAGCCUUGCGUGUGAAUGUGAAACAACAACGCAGGUGAAGUAAGCGGUGGGUGCGGCUGUGAAUGGUCGGCACGGGAAUCGCCAUUCUCGGACAAGGCGAGAGUGAGAGACGGUGACAUCGCCAGCAAUGGGUGAUAGAGGCAGGUAGAGUUUGUGAUCGAUUCACACUGCUAGCAAAAGGCUCAAGAUUCCAGGAUAGGUCAACGGAGGCUACAGACAAAUUCCAUCUCGGAUGCUACAAUGACAUUCACGCAACUCGUCACGUUGGGGUAAUUACCUGGAGAUGAAGUUACAGGACAUCAUGACAUAUCUACAACUAUGCCAACAAUUUAUUAAAAUUUUCCUUGGUAAGGCUCACUGAGCUGUGUAGCUCUUCUUAAAAAAAACCUGGCCACAAAUAAUAGUUCAACGAAAUGUAUUGCGGCCAACUACGCUAAAUGCGUGAUGUUGAUUGUAAAUGUUGAGGGAAAAACCGGAGAACCCGGGGAAAAAUGAACGUGACCACGGAGAGAGACGCAAAUUUUAAAUAUAAAGCAUGCGUUAGGGUCAUGAUCAAACCCACGACCUCCUGUAUACCGGGCAAGAGAGAUAACAUCUUGCCACCAACGUGCUGUAGAAGGAUGAGUUUAUCUCUCGACACUCAUCGCAUGAAUGAGCCACCGCAGUUGAGCCUCACCGAUUGAUAUUAACAGCACUAAUUUAUUUAAAUGUCGAGGUGUGUACAGUAGCCGUGUUCACCUUGAGGCUGCUGUUUUCACACCUCGGGCGCGGGUUCACAUUCCAGCCAGUGACUCGUGAUGUCAGUGACGACAAUGGAAAUAUUUUACAUGUUUUACUUCCUUCACCGUCGCUAUAAGAGAGAGGUCCUGGUCCAGCGUCUCUCUGAGCCACACAGCGAGCGAUCCCAGCGAAGCCAUGGGUCAUGGCGAGCACGACUCCCAGUGAGAGUGUGGAUAGUGAGCUACGCUGCUCCAUCUGCCUGGACACGUUCGUCUGCCCCUCCACGCUGAGCUGCGGACACUCGUUCUGCCUGCAGUGCCUGGAGGCCGCCUGGGAGACGGCGAGCAGCUUCAGCUGCCCGCAGUGCCGAGCGACCUUCCCUGUGCGACCCCAGCUGAGGAGGAACGUGACCCUCGCCAAUCUAGCGGAGCAGCUCAGAGUUGGAGUUGGGAUGGCCGCCGCCAUCGUGUGUGACAACUGCAGGGAUGGCCAAACUCCUGCAGUGAAGACCUGCGUGAGAUGCGAGACGUCCUACUGUGCGACGCACUUGAAGCCUCACUUGGAGAAUCCCAGGUUGAGAGAACACCUCCUGGUGGCUCCCAUCGCCAACCUGGAGGAGCGACGAUGCGGAGAGCACAGCAGGGAGCUGGAAUUCUACUGCACAGUAGACAGCAACCUGGUCUGCUCAACUUGCACCAUCGCAGGUGAACACAAAAGACAUGAUGUCACCACGCUGAAGAAGGAGCACGAGACACGGAAGGUGAGGCCCCCGAGAGUAGGGGAGGAGACGCGAGCAGUGGAGGAGAAGAGGAAGAAGGCGGAGGAGUCCGUGAAGCGGAUGGAGGCCGCUCGCAAGGAGGUUCAGGUGCCGUGUCUGGGUCUGGCUCUUUGACCCCCGUGACCUCCACCCACCGCGGAAGUGGUGAAGGUCAAAAUGCAUUCAUGCCAACUUUGUGCAGCUUCAUAACUUUGAUGCCUCUUAGUUUAAUUGAAUCAUUCACUUUUGAACUCAAUAUUAACUACAAGGGGGUUGCAUGUUUACCGCAUUCGAUAACCGCAUUUGAUAACCGCAUUGGUGAGUCUGCCGCGAGGUCGGGUUACUAGGCUUGGCGUCUUCCACUCCUGUGGCAAAACAUUUUUAGAGAGUGCCACGGAUUGUCGGGGUGGAGCUGUGGUGCAGCUAUUGCGCUGCAUGGGAGGUCGUGCACCGGCAUGGACGCAGAGGCACGAACACCACACAGCUGCACCUCACACCGUCCCUAAUCGCGUCACCAGAGUUUAUUUAAACUAUUAUUUGAUCAGGCAAUGCCCCACUGAGCUAUGUAGAUUUUUCCGA